GAUGCAAGCAGAAUUGGGAACAUGUACCAAGAAACCUGUCGGAACUUUAUACGCUGGAAUCGGUUUGUCUCCAUGUCCGCAGAGGAGCUGCUACAGUGCUCGGACGCGCUGGAGCUGGCGCACUCGGGCGAGGUGGCGAUGUUUGCUUCUCUCGCAGAUGGAAUUGAGGCUCACACCCUUCCAGCUGUGGUCAUUGGCAGCGGGCACGCUAGCUUGUGGCACAAGUGCCACGCUCUUGUUCAUGGCAUGUGGCUUGAAACAGGCACCCCAGCCCAAUUGCAGCGCUUCACAGAAGACAUUUUUGCUUUUGUGACAGAUCAAGGCGUGGAGUGCGCACUCCACAAAAUUCCGCCGCUGACCCUGGCCACGUUCCUGCCACACCUCGCAUUUAACGGGAACGAAUUUGAGCACGACUGGGCUCCUCUAGCCGAAGCCCAGCCAGCUGCGCAAACACAGGUGGACUUCAGGGGUUCCUUGGGCAUUCCUGGCUUGUUGCACAUACUGCAUAACAGCUCACUUGAUAUUGCAAAGUCGAUGCGCUGCUUUGACGAUUUGAUCACAAAAAUGGGCCACUUGUCUCGCCUUCUGCGGCGGCGGGAUCCGAGAUCCCGGUUGUUGGAAACUUGUUUCAGCGACCCGAUCGGCCGACAUUUCCAUCAAGAAAUCAACGCCUUUUCAGCCAAACUCGUGCCAGGCCGGUGGGGCAGCAUUGCUUUUUGUGUCCUUGAGCUUUGCAAGUUGGAGCGCAUUUUGCGGCACGGCUGGGAUUUGGCCAAGUAUCGGCGAACUGUUGCGCCUGCGGGCGUUUACGAAGGCGGCGUCGAUGUCGCAGUCGUAAAUGAUGCUGUUACAGACCCGAUUUUCUGGGGCCAACUGAAAAUGUUUGAGCAUCUUGCGCUUUGCAUCCAGGCUGCUCUGACCUGGGCAGAAAGUUGUCCAUGCCAUGGCCAUUUGCUGCGCAAACCGUGGGCCGAGCACAUCGGCAGUCGCAUCAAGGCAGCGUGGGAGAAGUGUCCGCUGCGCAGUUGCCGAGGCCCUGAGCUGGCCACAGGUGAUUUCGGAGAAGUGCUGGAAGAACUCACGCAGAUUUCGGCUGCAGCCCUUCUGACCAGCCUGCCUGGCGAUAUAAGUGGAUCAAGUCGUGCCGAGUUGCUGCAGGAGUUUGACCGUGGCAGGGCUCAUUUGGUGUUUGCGGUUUCCCUUCGUUUGCAACAUUGGGGGACUGCGCCUUGGGUGAUCUUCGGGUGCGCGCACUCUGAAGCAGACAAAUCAAAAAGAUGUUUGCGUCUCUGUUUGGACACCCCAAGCGACCACCGUCUCUUUGCCCAGUUGCAGAGCACACCUAUCAAAGAGGAAGCUGAACAGUGCAUUGCUGGCAGGCCUUUGUGUGAACUUGGAAAUUUGGCGGUUUUCUUGGGCAAACUUUUUUUUUGCCCCAUUUCAGAGCGGCCUGUGGAGGGCGAGCACGCCCAAAUUCACAAGCGAAUUCUUUUGGCAAGAAAUCACAGUGUGCAGUAUGUCAGCUUGUCACGUCGUAUAAAAGAGAUUCAGCGUGGCAUAUCCAAAGACCCGGACCUUUUGUGCAAGCUAGCCUCUUUUGCUGAGAGUGCUCACUCGCCGGGCCUAGCCUUGAAGGCAGUUGGCUUGCAGCACCACCCAGCCACUGCGAGCAUCCAGAGCUACAAGGACCCAUUGCACGCAAAAAUCAUUUACCACGCAGACCCUGCCACCUUGUAUCGCCCGGAGCCGGGCUGGGGGAACUUGCCGCCUCCUCCCAUGCCACCCACAGCGCCAAGGCCAGCGCUCCCCGACGCCAGCGGGCAGCUUGAGGCGCUGCUGACUGAUUUGGGGCACCGUGGCCCAGCUGCACUUGCCUUGCCAAGCACGAGCGCUGGCGAAGGCCCGCAAGCAAGGCGUGGUGCCCGCGAGGUGGUUGCCCAUGGCCUUGAACAGGAAAUUGCAGUAAUUCCUGGCGAUGGACUGUUGAAGCGUCACAUCAUUCGGGCUUUGCCAUCUUUAUUGGAAUUGUCAGCGUGUGAAAGUGGAAAUGUGUUGGCCAUCCCAAUGCCGCCAAGUGCAGCAAAUGCUUUGACAAGUCUGCACAUUUGCGCUGCAGACGUCCAAGAGACACCAGACGUGAAACAGUUUGUGCACAAUGGCCAGGUGUUUUUGCAAUUAAUCCGCAAGGGUGUGGGUGAUGUUGUGCGGCCCAACAAGGCCACAUUUGCAAGGAACGACUGGGCAGUGAUGUUGCUUCGUGUCACAUCAGCCGGCCCUGACUCAGCAGAGUUGCAUGUGAGUCCGGUGGAAUCCGCGUCUUCUGCGGGUUUUGUGCUUUCCCUGGAAGCUUUGCCCACCCAGGUUCUCAAAGACACGAAAAUUUGGGCACUUCAGCCUGACAUGUGCAGCCAGCUUUGUUUUCCGGACAGUGUGCCGCUAUCUCAUGUGCAGUAUUACUCGCAGACUUUGACAGAGAAGCUUCUUUCCAGCCGUGGUUUUCAAUUGUCCGGCACUGAUCCGGAUUUCCAGGUGUUGCUUAAGUCUUUGCGGCUCUUGGAGAAAACAGAGAUGGUGAGGAAGGAAGGCGACGCGUGGACUCUGACAGAGGCAGGCCGGCGCUCCGUCACUGUGGGUCACCGUUUGUCCGAUUGCAAACCGCUUGUUGUGGUGAGGGACCCAGAGCAGCCGGUCAACGAGAUGGAACUAUUUGAUUUGCUAUUGCGUUUAGAAAACUCAGGUUGGCAGGCGCAGGCUGUGGCCAGCAAGAAGUCGCCGGCUGCGUCCACAUGUUACCUGCACGCAGAGUCGCCGAAGAUUUGGUAUUACGUGCAGGGGAGGGAAGAUGAUGUUUGCAAAGAAUAUUUUCAAUGCCUGCUCACAGCAUCCGAGCAUUGCAAGCCUGUGCCCCACUUGAAGAAUGUCGCGGCUUAUAUGGAACUGCUCGGGCGGAGCCGGAACACUACAAAAAGAAAAUCUGACAUUUGCUUUUUACAAGACGAGGAACUUUGGUCAGUGCCCAAGAUUGCAAAACCUGAGCGGAAACAGCGCUGUGUUGCGGAUGCCCCUGGUGCGGAGGUCGCCGAGUUCUUCGAAGAAGACACAGUUGUGCAGGCCAUAGAAGAAAUGCUGGAUGAAUCAGUAUCGGAGGGCGGGAGUGACGCGGAGCAGCCUUUGCAGAAUUUGCAGGUAGAGUCGCACUCAGAGUCUGAGUCUGAAACAUCUUCAAGCUCUACAUCUUCGGACUCAAGUGGCUCCAGUGCGUCCGGUGAUAGCGACGCCGCGGCCCGCCCUGCCCCAGCUGCUUUGGCUGGCACUGGCAUUCGCCACAAGAGAGAUCGCGGCCAGUCCCAAAUGUACGGGCUGUGCCGUAUUACUCCAACAAAAACCGGGUUUCAGAUGACAUGCGCCCAUCCAGAUCAUCACACUAGUACUGCUUCCUGCACCAAAUCCAGGUCUUCUGCCAUCGGCGGCGCUGACACGGCUCUCCGCCUCCUGAAGGCGUGGGCCAUCCUUGGCCGCGAUGCUACGAGCAAGGAGCAGCACCAGCAACAAAUUUGGAAGCAAGUAUUGCGGUCCUACAAUGACGGAACGCUGGCCAGUGAAGAGGAACUAGACUUGAAUCCUGUGUGCGGUUACCCAGGCUCGUGACGUGACGCUGGCCUUGCGCAGCUGCUCGGAUACAGAUUGCAAAAGCACGUGUC